CACUAUCCGUAUAUAUAAUUCUCACAGGUCAAUUACAAAGCCAGGCUUCAGAAGCCUUUAGUUACUUCGUAGAGUACAAAUUUUUUCUCCACUGAUACGUGCUACGAUCGACGUAGUUUUCAUUUAUUUAGUAGCCACUGAAGUCUGCUGGUUUAUCUAGUGGACCCGCACCUAACCUAACCUAAAAGGAUAAGGAAAAGUAUUGACGGUAUAUUCGGCUGAAACGGGAGACGUUCGACUUACGUUUUCCGACUAAGCUCUUGGAGAAAUAAUACAGCCUACAAGAACUACAUCUACAGUUGGUCGGCGUGCAUUAGUCGUGCUCUUAAUGUAAUUCACAAGGAAGUUUUUACGUAUACAACGUCUUCACCAUCUUCUUCAUGCCCAUUCGCCAUUCUAAAUUGGAAGGAUUUGGACUUCUGUGUCAAAGAUGAAUGCGCCUGGCGGAAGGAACUACAAGCGGACAGCGCUGGCUGUGGCCGCGAUGGCCGCGUCGACGUAUUUUUUCUUGCGAGUGUUACCAUGCAAGCUUGUCUCUGCUUUGAUGUAUAUGCCGCGGCCAUACAACGACGAACUCGUAAAGAGAUGGCUAAGCGCGGGAGACCUCUGGCCUGGAUACACCCUGCAAGCCCACGCGUACGGUCCACGGAAGUGGGAAAGCUGUUUCAUUUUGCAUCCGCGUGGUAAAUCUUCUCUCUUGCUCGUAUGGAUACGCGGCAUUAUUGCUGAUGUAUAAUAUUUCAAUGUAAGUAGAAGUACAUGUACACGACUUCUUACCUGAAGAGCGAUGGUGAUGGAGCUGGAUACGUCAAAACAACAUUUGCUCUCAGGUUUUUGGGAUACAACAAGGAAGCAACGAAAUUUCUGGCUUGUGUAUGGUGGCAACGCUAUGGUCGCUCUUGAGUGGGUGUCGUUGGUGAAAGCAUGGUCAGAAGGACGCCCCAGACGCGAAGAUAUUGAAGGCGACAGCCCCGCCUUCAUUCUAAUCGACUACCCAAGCUAUGGCUUGUCCGCUGGAGCAGACGAUGCGCCGGCACCAGAUAGCGAGACAAUAGUAGCGACAACUCAGGCUGUCGUCAAUAGCAUUCGAGAGAAGCACAAUGGAAUAUUAAGAAAAGCCGACGAUAGCGCGUAUGCUGCAGUACGGUCCUUUGUAUUAUCCUUUUCAACUAUCAAAAUUUUGAAGAAAAUGAGGAUGACAGCCGUAGUUCGUAUCGAUCUUGUCAAUGAAGUUAGCAGCGUCCGCCUGUUUCAUCUCUUGGAUCCAUGUGGAAACCCACUUCCUCUAUUUUCUCCAACGAAAUGAUUUCUAUCUGUGCUAACUAGUUAUACGAACCAAUGCUAAGGCUUGAAUCGCGUCUAGUUGUAAAUCUGAUCAUGUUGUAUUUCUAAAAAUGUGGCAUUUUGUCGUCGAGAGAAAGACUUCAAAUUUUCAAAUCCAUGAUAGGACACAGACGCAAGUAAAGGCAGCGGACUUGACCUGAUAUUUAACGGUUUGGGACACAGCAUCGGAUGCGCUGCCCUUCUCCACUACGCUAGUAGCGAAGCGCGGAAACCAGGCGGAGCGGUAUUGUCGAACUUGAUUCUGUCUGCGCCCUUCAUGAGCAUCCCUCACGUAGGACAGAAAUUGCUUCCACAACUUCUGCCUGCCCUGGGUUACCUCCCUUUUUUUAAGCGCCACAGGCUAGCUUCUUUUUCUCAGUGUCUUCCGACGUCUGUCUAUUCUUGUCCUCCGAGGAAUCACUCAAUUUAGGGGGAAAAACCGCACCUCAUUGUUCUGCUUGAUUGACAAGAUGAAAGACAGAAGGUGCGGGUUAUUUACUUGAUAGGGCAACUAAGUCAGUGUAAGAAGUAAUACUUCGACUUUCUUGUGUUCGAUAAGGAUAAAGUCACGAUGGAAGAAACAAGUUCAAGUUGCCUCUAAUGUCUCCGUAUACGAGCGCCUCACACCACCGGAACAGAGAUGGAAUAAUCUGCGGGCCGCGGCACGUCUUCCACCGCAGACUCGCAUCGCGCUAAUUCACGGAGUGAACGACGAAAUCUGUGAGUUCCACCAUGGCAAGAGGGUGCAUGCGGUAGUGGAAGAGCGCAUGCGAAAACUUGGCCGGCCACCGCCGGAGUUCAAAAUGAGUCUUACUGCGGGACACAACGAUCUGCUGGAAAUCGAGAAAUCCUGGUACGCUGAGCAAAUUUUCUCGGUAUCGCCGAAAUUUACGGUGGAGGGUCAAGUGCGAGCCACGACGGAAGUGUCAGAAGAUGAAGGAAGCAACGCUCGAAGUAGUCCGAGUAAAAAAGAAAAUAGAGAAGUACAAGUAGGAAAGCCGGCUAAUGAUAAUGUUCGAACGAGGAACAAGACGCUUUCAACAUCAAAUGAUGACCCCACUGAAAAUAAUAAGGAUUCAAGCUUGUAAAAGGUCUUGGGUGAGCCAUCUGUAGUUGCUUGAAAGGUCAUGGGCGAGCUUGAAAACGACCAGCUGUAGUUGCUCUAUUUGAGCUUUCACAGACACCGGAGUGCAAAACGCGUCUCUUCACUGUCAAGCUGAGCUUCUUUCAUUCUACUUAUUCCAUUGGCACCAAGAGAGACCAAUCCGAUCAACGCGGAUGAAAGUUUGUGGCAACGAGUGUCGCCCUGUUGCUCAAGUCUGUAAUUGCCAUCAUCAAGGUGAUGUAUCUUCACUUUCACUUCGUGCGGAAAUGCUCAAAAAGUCCUCCAGCCCUACACAACAAUACACUCAAGCAAAUUUAUAUAUAAAAUCAAGUCUACAACUUCAACUAGUGAUAUACAUACAGAAGGUAUACAUGGGUAUAUGCUUCAACAGUGCUAGUGCUAGUGCUUUUCGUCCAAUGAUAAAUUACCAGUUAUUUUUAUGGAUGCGUCGACUUUUCGAUGCACUGCAUCUUGUAAUAAUGCUAUCUUUGGCACACGGCGUUACGAAUCAAAAGUUCCAUCAACAUACUUAUAAUAGAGUAA